ACUUUGCUUGCUAUGCUCUUGUACUAAUUUUAUUGAUUUGUUAGUGGGCAAGUGCAGUCAUUGGACGCUAUGGUGGUGUUCUUACAAAGUUUCUGUUUGGAUUUUAGAGGUUUGUGGAAAUAUGAAGAAAGGAUUGCACCCUCAGAUGCAGUGGAUAUCCUAUGUGACCCAGAGUGGGCGGUUGAUGCACGUUAUGAUGACAAAAAUCACUUCAGGGCAAGACGCCAGAUGGCUGCAAGUGAAGGACAAAUUGCCAAAAAACAACAGCUCAAAGAGCAGUCUUCUACCGCAAUAAAAGAACUCUGCAACUACUCUACGGUCAAGCACUCGGCCAUUGUUGCGGCGUUUGGUGGUACAACAACAACAUGAUUCAAUUCCAUCUCUUACUACAUUUACAAUUUCAGCAACAAUUGCAGUGCAGAUUUAUUGAACUUAAUGGGCCCUGCAUGUGUUUAAAAUUCACUUUAAAUGGCAUUUUCAAUUAUAAAGCCCAACUUCGGCCCAAAAAUCAUAAAGCCCAACCGCUGCAAUAACAGGUUUCUUCAUAGGUUUGAGAGGCCCGAUUUUGCUUACGCCGAUUGCCAACGUUUAAUUUAUUUGAGCUUCAUUGCCUUCCUUGUUUUUGGUCUUAAUUGGCUUAAUUAAUGCCUUAAUACAAUAGGUAUACAAGAACGGGUAAGCUACGGGUAUGGGGUUUCCUAUCAAAAGCAGAUAAAAUAGAUACUCUAAGAAAGCACUAAUCCAUAACCAAAGAAGCAAAAGAAGAAAACACUAAUCCUAAACUAAAACACAUCAUGAACUCUUAUUCUUUCCUUUGGCUGUGAUAACUUGGGCAUUCCUAAUAUGCUGCUAGCUUUUCUCUUCGAGGAUGAAAAUGUUAACGGCAGCUAGAGACAUCAAACAACUCUAUAAACCUCUGGUCUGACACUCUUGCCUUGGCUGCAGCAAAUCGCUGGUACUCAUCAAAUAUAGAAGUCAGGCACCAUUUCUGUAGUCUUCUUAAGCAUCCAACAAGACAUCCAGUACGGUGCUGAACAAAGAUAUUGACAGAAA